AUGAAUUUAAUUACACGUUAACCCAUUUUGAGAGACAAUUUUCGGAUGUGAAAUUUUAUUUGAAUUUCUUAAAACCAUUAGAGAAAUCAACCUUAUCCACUCAAUAAUCCCAUUAGAUAUUGAUAGAUCAAGACUAUUAAAAAACAAAGAAUUACCAUUAUUCCAAGAAAAUAGAUUAAUUUCAGUUAAGAACUAAAAUAAUAAGCAUACAGCACUAUUGCAACAUCCAGUUAAAUCUAACUUAUACUCCAAUUAAUUGAUCCAAAUUCAAUCAUCCUUAGGAGGUAUUCAUUUUUUUUAGGACUUUCCUAGAAAUUCUAACAUGGAUUAAUAAUUUCUAUUUUCUCAAUAUGUAAUAUCCCCUUAAUGUUAAACUAUUCUUCUAACAAUUUAAAUCGGAUGAUAUUUUAUAAAUUACAGAUUUCAUCUGUUUUAAUACAUCACAUUUUAUUUUAAGCUCCAAAAAAUCCAAGAAAUGAAUGUUAUUUCAUCUUAUAUCAAAAAUAUUUAAAUCUUUAUUUAUUUAAUUUUGAUUGCUAGAUACUUCUCUAUUUAAUAUCUUUUGUCAUUGUUGUAUUAUAAUAAAAUAAAUUAAAUGCCAAUCAAUAAAAGAGUCAUAAAUUAUAUAUUUUUACAAAGUGUUCCAAUUAAUUAUACAAUUAAUAACCUACAUUAGAUGAUAAGGGUAUGCUUUAUGAAUUUAGCUUGUAUAUUUUAUUAAAAUCCUUUUAAUUCAUAAAGUGCAUUGAUUUUCCUGAAUUUUGUAUUUUUUUACAGUGUCUCUAAGAAUUUAAUAGCAUUUGA